AUGACCAUCAUCAUCAUCUCUCUGCUCCUGCUGGUUUCUCUGCCGUCACACCUGACCUUGACUGUGAACGGCAAUGAAGCAACACCUCACUCUCGACCUUACAUGGUCUCUGUUCAAUUUAAUGACGACCAUUUCUGUGGUGGAUUCCUCAUCUCUGAAGAGUUUGUCUUCACUGCGGCUUAUUGCCGAAAGAGCAGUGAUGAAAAGCUGACAGUUGUGGUUGGUGCACAUGACCUAAAAAAUAAGGAAGAAGGUUCUGUCCGCAUCAGAGUGAAGUCCUGCCACACGCAUCCACACUUUGUUCAGAAAACUCUCCAGAAUGACAUCAUGCUUUUGAGGCUCGAGAGAAAAAUCAAACUGAGCCAAACUGUUCAUAUGACUUCAUUGCCCAAACAAAAAGAAGACACCAAAGCAGGCACUCUGUGUAGUGUUUUUGGCUGGGGGAGACAGUACACUAAUGGCCCACUAAGUGACCGGCUCUUGGAGACAGAAGUGAAAACAAUAGAAAACAAGCAAUGCUUAAAACUAUGGAACAAAAGGGAUGACAUAAAAGUGAAAUACUCAGUCUCAAAGAUGAUGUGUGUGUAUGGCCAUGGUGGAUCCUGCGAGGGGGAUUCAGGAGGUCCUUUGGUUUGUGAAGACACUGUUGUUGGCAUCAUGUCUUUUGGAAAUCCUCACCUCUGUAAUUCACAUUUGUUUCCUAAUGUGUAUACCAAGAUUUCUGCACACCAUGAUUGGAUCUGGAAAACAAUUAAUAAACAAAAGUAAGACAUAUGUGCUUGAAUUCUUGCAUAA